AACACGUCAUUACAGGGAACUCCUCAGCCCACCAAUGACAAGUGAACACUGCGAUAUCAAUGCAGUCACCGGAGAGAGGUAUCGGAUAGAUUUCCAAAAUAGGUGACAUUUUAGCCUAGUUACAGAGCUUGACACAGAUGGAUAAAAUGGUGUCAUUUUCGCAAACUGGCGAAACCUCGAACAGAAUGUGCAAACGGAGGAAAAUGAACAGCGGUUCUCAAUCUCCAUCAAGGGAGAAUGUAUCCCCACACGGAGACCAAAGCGAGGAGACUUCGUGCACCCCUGAGCGGAGACCGCGGGCGGAGAGGGUCAGAAAGCAAAACAUAAUUUCUAAACUGUCAGACUCUGGUUUCGAAGAGGACUUUCUAUCUCCGACCCGGACCCCAUCGCCGGUUCGGAGAAAUCGGUGUCCGGUAACAGUUGAAGACGCACUGACACCAGGGAAUUCCAACAACAGACUGUUGUUUAAUUGGUAUCAACACUACGGCGAGAUUGGUUAUCAGAUACAGAAACUCAAAGAGCCGCAGUUUCACCCAGUCAACUGUUUGUCUCGACAACCGCAGGUGACAGCCGAGUCACGGUGUAAGCUCGUCAGCUGGCUCAUCCCCGUACACAGAUACCUACGUCUGUCCUUUGAGUGUUACAGCCUGGCGGUCAACAUCAUGGAUCGCUUCCUGUUUUCCACCCCCGUGGCUGCUGACUGCUUCCAGCUACUGGGGGUCACCGCCCUGCUGCUCGCCUGUAAACAGGUGGAGGUGUUUUCUCCUCGGAUCAGCCAGCUCCUGUCUCUGUGUUGUGAUGCGUUCUCCAGAGAACAGCUGUGUAACCUGGAAUGUCUCAUCCUGCUCCGCCUCAACUUCCGCCUGGCUGCACCAACCAUAGCCUUCUUCCUGGACUUCUACACCAAUCACAGCCUGGCUGGCCGGCAUAUGGGCGGGGACGGAGUCAGCAACGUUAGCCAUAGGCUGCCUGAGGAUAAGGAGGAGGAAGUGAAGAGGAGAAAGAGGGUCAGCAGAUUGGCUCUUAGGGUGUGUGAGCUCACUCUGGCCGACUACGCCUUCAAUAAGUACACACCAUCCCUGACCGCCCGCUGUGCUCUGGCUCUGGCCAAUCAACUGCUGAGAACCAGCCAGGGCCUAGAGGAGCCAGCCAAUCAGCUGCUGAGGAUCAGCCCUGAGGAAGAGCCAAUGGACCAAUCCCUGACAGCCGAGCUCACAUAUGGCCACGCCUCCUUGCAAGAGGACCAUUCUCUGAGUGAUCCUGCCCACUCAGAGAAUGACCAUUCCCACCCAACCUUAUCUGAGACUAUUAAUCACGCCUGUAUUGACAAUGAUUCCUCUCUUUCAGUUGUUGGUCACCUCCUAUCUGUGAAUGACUCCACCCAGUCAACGGAUGACCCUUCUCCAUCUGGGAACACGUCUACCCUGGUUGAGGGAGACCAGACUCAUGCUCCUCUGGCCCAGGAUUGUAGAGAGGGAGAACAGACUCAUGCUCCUCUGGCCCAGGAGUGUAGAGAGGGAGACCAGAGUCAUGCUCCUCUGACCCAUGAGUGUAGAGAGAGAGACCAGACUCAUGCUCCUCUGACCCAUGAGUGUAGAGAGGGAGACCAGACUCAUGCUCCUCUAACCCAUGAGUGUAGAGAGGGAGACCAGACUCAUGCUCUCUCCCAAGAGUGUUUAGACAACCUAAGAUUGUUGGUGUCACUCAACAAGGAUGCACUGCAGGCCAUGAUAACUCUGUGACAACACGGUGACUGUUGGCAUGUUUCAACCCUAUGUUAGUUGAAUGCACUGUUGUUGUUGAUGUAUAUGUGACUGAAAACAACCCGUGUACCUCAAGAAAUGAAAGACCAAACCUUUGAUUUCCAGUCAAAAGUGCUGCUACCCCCUGCACUAGUGGGGUUGGUGGUUGACAAUCUAACUGUCACUGAGGUUUUUUCCCAAUUAUUUAAUUUCUGGAAAUGACAGUUAUAAGAUUGUGCCUAUAAACUGUGAACAAUGCCAGUGGACAGCAUUGUAUUGUCAUCAGAGUACUGUUUACUAUACUGUACUGUAUGUAGAGGAUGUUUUGGUCUUUAUUUAUACUUGUACCAUGUUCUGUAACUUAUUGAAGUCAUUGUACUGUAAGAUGCAUUGAGUGAGUAACCUACUGUAGCUGUUUCUCCAACUGUCCUGAGAUUGUACUGAUCCUGGCUGUUCUGUUGGCCAAUGUUACACGAUUUCAACAAAUGUGAUUUUUUUUAAAUAUUAAAAAAACGUAUUAAAUUAUUACUUGAUAAAUGUACUGGAUAUGUUUUCAGAUUUGUUCACUCCGUUUUUGAAAAUAAACUGUAUAAUAAAAACCAA